CUUAGCUCCUUGUAUCUUCCUUAUAGUAUUUGAACUCCCUCAGUUAGAGAUGACAGAGAGCAGCCCCUCCCCUCAGUUGUUCUUCACUAUCUCUAUUCCUCAACUCGGCAUUUUAUUUUUAGAACUUAAACAACUGGUCUCCUAAAAAUGGGCCUGUUCUACAGUGGUAAACGGAGAAGAGAGCAGCUAUGUAUGGCAUCCCUCACUGGGACCCCCGAGCCCUGACGCUGCUUCUCACUGACUUUUGUUUGCAGCCAGAAGUUGUGAAGGAGUGAUCGCCCAGAGAGAAGGAGCAGCCCGGACCAGAUGAUGCUCUAGAAAGUGACAUUUUUGUGAACCGGUUGAGAUGCUUCACCAACGCCACUCACGGACUACUUCUCACAUCUAAGAAUUUCUGCAACAUUUUCUGAUCCCUUCACUGGGGGUUCCGUGACCUUUCGGUUGUCUGAUUUCAGCAAAUAUAAACCAUACUCUGACACUGGGAGUGUGUGUGUGUGAAUCUGAGGAUCAUGCUCUCCUUCUGGUUGUUCCUUCUCCCCUGCCUGAGCUUCGUGAAUGUGUCCGUGGCAGAGAAGGCCCUUGACUUCCCACAGUAUGACGGGAAAGAUCGAGUCCUGGACAUCAAUGACAAGAACUACAAGAGGGCGCUGAAGAAAUACAACAUGCUCUGCUUACUGUACCACAAACCUCUGCCUGAGAGCAAGGAGCAGCAAAAGCAACACCAGAUGACCGAACUGGUGCUGGAGCUGGCAGCUCAGGUCACAGAAGACAAGGAAGUUGGCUUUGGGAUGGUCGACUCCCACAAAGAUGCAAAGGUGGCGAAGAAACUGCGCCUGGAAGAAGAAGGCAGCAUAUAUAUUUUCAAAGACGACCGGAUGAUUGAGUACGAUGGUCUGCUCUCAGCAAACACUCUGGUGGAAUUUCUUUUGGAUCUCCUGGAUGAGCCUGUGGAGAUCAUAGGAAAUGCCGUGGAGCUCAAAGCCUUUGACCGACUGGAGGACGAAAUCCGCCUCAUCGGUUACUUCAAGAGUGAAGACUCCGAUCAUUUUGAAGCAUUUAACGAAGCCGCAGAGCAGUUCCAUCCUUACAUUAAGUUCUUUGCCACAUUUGAAAAAUCAGUGGCCAAGGAGCUGACUCUGAAGAUGAACGAGGUAGAUUUCUACGAACCCUUCAUGGAGGAGCCUGUGACCAUCCCAGGAAAACCUCUCUCUGAGGAGGACCUGGUGGAAUUCAUAAAUGAACACAGAAGACCAACUCUGAGAAAACUACGUGCAGAAGAUAUGUUUGAGACCUGGGAGGACGACAUUGAUGGCAUCCAUAUUGUAGCUUUUGCAGAGGAAGAGGAUCCUGAUGGCUUUGAGUUUUUGGAGAUCCUGAAGGAGGUGGCUCGGGACAACACUCACCUCCCUGACCUCAGCAUCAUCUGGAUCGACCCCGAUGACUUCCCUCUGUUGAUCCCCUACUGGGAGAAGACCUUCAAGCUGGACCUGUUCCGACCACAGAUCGGAGUGGUCAAUGUGACAGACGCUGACAGUGUGUGGAUGGAGAUGGAGGACGAGGAGGACCUGCCCAGCCCUCAGGAGCUGGAGGACUGGAUCGAAGAUGUCCUUUCUGGAAAGAUCAACACAGAAGAUGACGACGAUGAUGAACUGAUCGACGAUGAUGACCCCGAUGACGACGAUGAUGAUGAUGAUGAUGAUGACGACGACGACGAUGAUGAUGAUGAUUAUGAUGAUGAUGAUGACUAAAAUAGAAGCCUCUGUAGUGUUUACUCUUGCAUCUGAGUUGAGGCUGAAUUUUAAACAUUUGUAAAGUACAGUAACCUUUACCAAGAAAAUACUAUGAAAUUUUACAUCAAAAAUGUAAUUACUGUAUUUUAUGCAAAUUGGGAUUGGGAUUAAUAAUAACAUGUACAGUAUGUACUGUCAAAGGUCUGGAGUCAGACGUUCACCUGAUAAUGAAUGACAAUCACUGAUGUGUAAAUGACGAGGUAAUAAUAAAGAUCAGUGGAUGUCAAAGGUGUCAUUA